AUGGUUAAACUCGUUACCAAAUUUGCCGCUCUCUCUUUCACCGUCUUUGCCUCCAUCGCCUCGGCUGUUGACAUCCAACUUUGCAUUAAUGCUUACUACGAUAAUUGUGAUUGGAAGUACGACGUCCCUAUCGGCAAGUGUCUCAACAUGGUGACGCUAGCGUUGACUGGUUUGCUGGAUACAACGACCAGCUCUCGUCAAUUUUCUGUUCUCAGGGUGCUUGAUUGCAAAGGCAUGUCAAGAGUCACUGUUAUAAUUGCUAAAACAUAUGAUGGGACAGCUAUACCAGAGUUAACUGAUAGCCAGAUCAAAGACCCUUUGCUUGGUCUAGAUCUGCAAUUCAAUAGAGUGAUAAUAAGUGCAUUUACACAUAGUGUUGGAUUCAUAGACUGA